UUUUAAAGACACCGCGAGAGCUGAAAACCAUGAAUCACCUCAACCCAGGUCUUAUUUCAGCCUACAACAGUCUCACAGACAGACAUCUGGCUGGAUACUUCAGCAACACUCGGAUCAGGAGACACCUGCAGAGAGCAGGACUGAUCACCAGAAGUGGGCGUAUUGUCCCAGACAAGGAGUACAGACACAAGGUGAUCCAGAGAGCCCACCAGAGGCACGUCCGAGAAUGUCUGGCCCAGGCUAUUUUCCACAAGGUGCUGGAGAUGGAGCGUGUCCAUCAAAUAGAGAUCAAAAGGAAACUGGAGGAGUUUGCACGGAGGGAAAGAGUGCAUAAGAUCAAAGUGGAUCGCUCGAAAAGAUAUGAAGAAGAUAUUAUUCGUAUCCUGUCUCCACGCCCACCCACGGGUGCCAGGGUCAUCCGAAAACAGCACUCUGGGCCAGAGGGGGAACACUCUGAGUCGUCCGAGUCUCCGGGCUCGUCUCGACCCAACACGGCUCCAGGGAAGAUGCAGAGGCCGGUGCGUCUGAAGCCGAUCCACAGUAACAGCACCACCGCUUCGCUCAGACGCAGCUCCCCUUACAGACCCCUCGAGUCCUCCAAUGAGAACGACCAGACGUUCAACUGCACUAUGGACAAGGAGUCCCGGAGACGUCUGACCACAACAGAGCCCUCCCGUGGCAUCUCACCCUACUGCCUCCCAGUCAUCAACAACUUUGUCACCCCAGUGCCUCCAACCACAAAGAGGAAAGAGAGAGGGGUAAAGGUCACUCCCAGCGGCACGCUCAGAGGCCGCAGACUGCGUCCUACCACCGCCUCCAGCGCAGCUGACGUCAAUGAGGAACCCCCCAUGCUGAGGAGCUAUGUGCUCCAGAGCAGAGUGUGUGUGAACAUGAUGUACUUUGGCAAAACAGUGCAUCUCUCCCACGACCUGAGCGACAUGAGGGAUGAGGUCAAAGUGUUUCAGCAACACUGUGGAGGAGAGAACCUGUGUGUUUACAAGGGCAAGCUCUGCGAGGGAGAGACUUUCCAGUUCAUUUCAAGGCGACACAGAGGUUUCCCCUUCAGCUUGACCUUCUUCCUGAACGGGCUGCAGGUGGAGCGGCUGAGCUCCUGCUGCGAGUUCAAACACAGGAAGGGCCCCAGACUCGGCGGCCGGCACGGACACUUUGGUUUCUGCGGUGUAGAGGGAGCCUCUCCCUGCUACAAGUGCAUUAUAGCAAUGGGUUUGGACAAGAAGCCCACUCCUCCACCGAAGAGGGUGAAAGAGGAUGGCGGGAGAGAGGAGUCAGUCAGCAGCCCAAAGGAUGCUCCUGAGAUGGAGACAGAGAGGACCGGAGACGACGCUGCAGCCCACUCUGAGUGUGAAACCAGCCGACCUCAGGACAUGGAGACUGAAGUCAAAGAAGAAACAGCAGCUGAGGAGGACAAAGUCAGAGACGAUUAUGAGGAAGACUUUGAAGCAGAUGAUGAGGGCCCUGCAGAAGAUGCAGAGGCAAAAGAAAAGAAAUCCCCUUCUUCAUCCGGUGAAACUGAAAGACAGAUUAAAGAGAGAGACUCCGACUCUGAAGACGACGAGGACGAGGACAUAAAGUCUCGUUCAGGCUCCAGCUCCUCAGGCAGCGACCGGGACGAGAGUGAUGCCGAAGCCACCAGAGAGGACGAGAAAGCAGAGCAACCUAAAGAGGUCGAUCACGAGGAAACUGCUGUUCUACCAGACGGAAAGAAAGAUGAACCGCAUCCAGAAGAAGCCGCUGCAACUGAGGCCGAGCCGGCUGCGCGUAAACACUCGGACAUACAGGACAGUGCGGGGGACAGCACAGAGGUAGAAGUCUGUGACACCAGCGUCCUUUCAGGGAAUAAACAGAGUGACGACACUUCAGGAGACAAAGAGGUGGAGAAAGAUGAGAGCAGGCAGGAGGAUGAACAGGAGAGGGCCAAAUCUGUGCAGGAGAAGCUGGCAGAGGCCAUACUGAAGGAGUCCCAGUGCAGCUCUGAGCCCGAAAUGAGCGACACCAGCACUGAGGAAGAGGAGGAGUCCACAGAUAAAGUCUCUCAACGGGACAGCGAAUUUGCAGAUGCAGUGAAAUCUGUGACAUUCACAGAACAGAAAGAGAUUGUAGAGGAGAUGAAAUGUGAGCAAGGUGUUGUUGAAGCUGAAGUUGCACAAGAGACGUCUGAACCGAAACAACAGGAGGACGAAGCUGAACAGGAGCCCCACGAGAACAGUGAUGGUACUAAAGGGGAAAAGGUCAAAAUAGAAGAGGAGGAUGAAAAGGCUGCAUCAGUUGAAGACAAAAACACAGCAGAGAAUGAUAAAUCAGAGGAAACAGAAGAUACAGGUCGGCCUCCUUUAUCUGAAGAGGAAAUGGCUGAGGACGACAAGACGUCAGAACCUCAAGAAGAUGCUGAAGCUGAAUCCGCUUAUGUCGAGGCUGCGGAGAAAGACAAAGAAAACAAGGAGAAAAGUGCAGCGGAGGCCGACGAGAUGGGGGCAAAGAGCAGCGAGGAGGAUGAGUCAUCAGUAUCAGAGCCAAAUAAAAAGACUGAUGAGACAGCCGCGGCAGAUAAUGCAGAGGCGGAGGCGAUGACAGCGAGCGAGACAAUGGAGAUGAAAGCAGAGCCCUCAGAGGAGCGAGAGGCCCUCAGCUAUGAAGAGGCGCCUGUAACCGACACAGAGAAGAGGCAGCAGGGAGACAGCGAGGACGGAGACGCAGCGUCAGAGACAGAAGUCACAGCAGAGCAUUCAAGCAGCUCGUUACAGCGGAGCGGAGACGCCGCAAAAGAUGAAAGCAGCAAAGACGAUAUUAAAGAAGAGGAAGUGUCAGUACUAGAGGAUAGUAAGGAUGACGAUCAACAAGAAACGGCUGAUCUGGGAGAGAAGCAGACAGAAAAAUCAUCCGUGGAAAUAGAUGAUAAGUUAGAAGAGAAAUGUGAAGAGGAAGAAAAGCAAACGCAUCCAGAUGAAAUAACUGGAGGAGAGAAUAGAGAGGAAAGUGAAAAGGAGAAUAAUGAGAAAGAAGAGGAGAAUAAUGAGAGUAAGACAGAAGAAAGGAGAGAACAUGAGGAAAACAUUUCAGAUGUGACUAAAAGUGACUCAAACACUGAAGGGAAGGCAAACAAAGAACAAGCAGAGAAAUCCCACAGUGACGAAGAUGAAGUCGCAAAUGAAGAGAAGGCAGACGAUUCAGAAGACACAGAGAGAGACGAAGAUCGUGAAUGUGUCAAGAAUAAAAAUGUCGAGGAAGAAUCUGAGGAAAAGGGAGCUGAUAAAACUAAUGAGGGGGAAGAUAUACACACAGCUGCUGAUGAAGAAUCUGAAGAGGGAAAAGUUGUAACUGAUAAGACUGCAGACGGAGAAGACACUUCUGAAAUUAAAGAGGCAUCUGAGAAAAGUGCAGAAGCAGACUUGGAUGAAGAUGAUGUGAAAGUAUCUGAUGAAAAUGAGGAAGUCGCCGGCGGUGAAGCAGAAAAUGUAGCACAUGAGUCUGAAACGGCGGAAGAGACGCCAAACAGCGUGAUGGAGGCUGAAGAUGUAAAGAAAGAAACUGAAGAAGGAAGUCACAACAGUGAAAAGGGAGAAGUUGAUGUUGAAAACGGAGAGAUUUCUACCAGAGCUGAGAGAGAGGUUCAAACUGAGGGCGGACAUGAGGUGAAAACAGCAGCGAAAAGCGAAGACGAGAGAAACACAGAGGAGCCUUCACCUUCAGAAGACGAGAGCACAAAGAUGAAAGAAGUAACUGUUGAGACUGAAGACGGUGCUGAAAAACAUGAAGAUGACAAAGUCGACGAGGCUCCCGACGCUGAUGUGGUACAAAGUGAGGUCGAGGGAGGAGAUGAAAAGCAAGAUGAAUCCACUGAGCUCGGAAAGAAAGAGGAAUCUAAAUCAGAUGACAGACGGGACGGGGAUGAAACAAAACAAGAUGAAAGUGGCAACUUAUCUGACAACAGAGAUUCAGAUUUGAUGAAGAAGAGCGAUAACGUGCAGAUUAAUGUCAGCGAGGUGACGGCUGCUUCUCCGACACCUACUGCUGCGGAUUCAGACGAUACAGCUCACAAGUUAGACGAGUCCAAGACUGACGAACGCCGACACGCCGAUGACAAUGCUGCGGCUGAGCUCUCUGGUGCCGAUGGAGAAAACGAAGCAGACACGGAGGAGGCGAGCAAGGCCUCAGAGGAGGGAGCGAGCGUGCUGCUCAAACCCCAAACACAGCUCACACUCAACAAUGAUAACGCAGAAGAGAGCGCUGCAGUCAAAGAACCUCCAGAGGCCUUAGUGAGAGAAGACAACACAGAUCUGGUCACAAACUGGGUAAACAUGCAUCAAACAUCAAAGUUCUUUGAGACGUUCGUUGAACCUUUAGAAGACUUGAAGGAACCGACUUCAGACGCUCAAGUAUCCGACUCUAACGAAGAAGCGGCACAAUCAGAGCUGCCGAGAUCAGAGAGUCCACUUAAGAUGUCUGAAAACGCAGAACAAGAGCGCAAGCCGGGAGAUUUAAGUGAGGCAAAGGACAAAAGCAAAGAGGAAGCUCCGUCUUCAGCUCACUCCGAUGAUGCGCAGGAGGAAGACACACAAGCGGAGCAGGAGACCGAGGUGAAAGACUUGAUCGCAAAACCAGAGAGUGAACAAAAUGAUAAAGAGUCCGUGAAAGGGCAAGACACGAGGUCAGAGGAACACAUAGGAAGCAGCGGCUCUCUGGACGAAGGACAAGAAGGUUUAAUGCAGGAGAACUCUGAGCAAACCGACAUUUCCAAAACUGAAGUGGAAAGCAUUGCAGGUACUCCUCAUUCAGUAACCAGCGGCAGAGCUGACAGUGUCUCUGAGGAGAAAGAUCUUCGACCUUCAUCCAACACAGAAGAGCAGCGCAAGCAUUCGACGAGUCCAGAAGGGCUCUCCGCAGAAGAAACAUGGGAACAAAGUGCCGAACAAAGUCGAGAAGUGACGGAAAUAACUGAUUUCACGACGUCCAAGUCGGACGAUGGGAGCCAGGAGGAGUCCCACCGUGGAGACAUCCAACUCAAACCGUCAAACGCGAGCGUCAACGGAGACAAAAGAGACGUGCAGCUGAUCCACGACAUCAAACACACGCUCAGUAAAGACCGGCUCAGCACUUUCUCCGUGGAUGAAACGAUGUUCAGUCGAAGUUCAUAUCCUCUGCUGACCGCCGCGAGGACAGAGAGCGGACAUUAGAGCAGCUUCACGUCAGAGUGGCACCGAGGUACAGUGAUGCUUCACUUGUUUAGUUUUUCGUUUAUGAGAAAACAUAUUUAAUAAAAGAAAACAAGCACUUAGACAAUCAGAUGGCUACAUUGAGACAUAUGUGGUGAUGUACAAGUGAAUACAAGAUUAUUUUAUAGUUAAAAUGAUUUCUGACUUUUAAUAAAAGUCCUCGGUCGUGGUUUGCAAGAACUGUGAUUGUGAGUUAAAAAACUUUACUAACACAUGGGUGACGAACGAGUCUUCUUCAGGAUACAAAGUCUUUAUCCACGUGUUAAUAAAAGGUUUUUACAUUACAAUCAGAGUGCCUAGGAUGCUUUUCAGACUGCCAAGGACUUCCAUCACAAGUAAGCUUGAAGCGCUCCUCAUUUUGUACGACUAACGUCACCAACUUCGACCCCGUGCAGCGCUCCCACUUCUCCCUUCACGACAUGAUUUCAGAUUUGACGGAGGCCCUCAAGUGUCUCGUGGUUUCUGUGUUUACAUUACAAUGGCUUCUUAAAUAGUCUUCAUCCUUCAGUUACCAGAAAGAAGAAGCUUCAUGAUGAGUUUUGACUGCUGCAUAAAAUGUUUACAAUGGAGCAUCUCUUCCUUUUGUUGCUAACAAAGGGGCGUAGUGUGUGUGUGAGGUAUCAAGUGCAGCUGCUAUCACUUAUUCCCUGUAAACAGAUACUCGUCCACUCACGCUCACAAAUGAUUGAAUAAUUUAUAGUCGUUGGACUCCCACAGCUUAGUUUGUCCCAAGUACGCUUUACAUUUCCACUGAUGUUUCAGUACUUCAGCGCGAUCGGAGAUCUGUAAUUGCGUGUUCAGUGCUUUGACAUAGUGAUAUGUUUAGACGCUAACAGAUAGCUCAUCAUUAGGCUACGAACUAGUCGAAUAAAACAGGUGAAAUGUCAAAUCGACACCGGGUUGUGUCAAUACUGCUGCUAACACUACCUCUUAUUUAAAAAGAAAUAUUUAUUUGCAUUGCCUUUUCACCUUGUUGUUUAUGGCUCGUGUGGGUUUGUGAGGCUCCAUCUUUUUAUUAUUAGUAUUUAUUUAUCUGUCAGUGACUGAGCGCUUGUGUGAUUUGGCCACUUGAAAAAUAAAAACAAUGCGAUGGA